AUGAAAUUGGUCUCUCUUCAUUCUAUUGUGCAAAAUAAGCUGGUGCGAAGGAAUCUAAAUGAUAAAAAUUUUACGGUUGUGUCAAGUGGUGUUGCGUUUGACGAGUGUUUGGGACAGGUAAGCUCAAUAAUAAAUCGAAACAAUUGUAGCUAAAUUUCGAGUCUGUGAAGUGAGUUUUCAAUUUGAGAUGAAGCUGACUGAAACCAAAGGAGAUGUGCGAAUUCGGAACCAAAAAUUACUCACACAAAACUAAACUAAACCUAAACUAACUUUACUUAUACCAGAAAGCGCUUUCAAUUUUGGAUUAUUCUCUCUGGUGACCAAGUAAAGUCUGUUUACAAAGUUUCUGUGCAGUAGGAAUUUUGCAUAGGUCAAUUCUACGUUUUGAAGGAUUUCUAAGAAAUGAUUCAGGGGACUAUUAACACUGAAUCAGUUCCCUCGAACAUUUCAUACAAAUCCUUCAAAACUUAGAAUUGACCUAUGCAAAAUUUCUACUGCACAGAACUUUGAUAUUAAUGUUCAUGGGUAAUUGGUCCAGUGUUUUCUCUGCAUGUCUAGUAUAUAAUCUGUGCCACUAUUUUGUUCCCCAGGUUGAUCAAGGUCUUAGUUAUUCUAAUGGUCACUCCGCAGUGAAAACUGAAAACAUCACAUCCAUGACGUCAUUGGCAAUCAGAUUCAAAACGAGCGAACCAAGUGGACUACUGGUUUACAGCAUCAAAGAGGUAUAUAUGUCAACUUAACUAUAUUUAUACUGGGUAGCUGUAUCAGUUCUAAACUUUUCUCCCUAGAGGUCCAGUAAGGAUCAUCCCUUAUUGAUCCAGCGUUACUACAGGAGGAAACCUAAACUAAACUAACAUUAUUUAUACUGGAUAGCUCUAUCAGUUCUAAACUUUUCUCUCUAGAGGUCUAGUAAAGAUCAUCUCUUAUUGAUCUAGUGUUACUACAGAAGGAAACCUAAACUAAACUAACUUUAUUUAUACUGGAUAGCUCUAUCAGUUCUAAACUUUUCUCCCUAGAGGUCCAGUAAGGAUCAUCUCUUAUCGAUACAGUGUAACUACAGGAGGAAACCUGUAGCUCUAUCAAGAAUUUUUAAUGUUAUAUUCAUUUUUCAUAUUUUUGUAGAAUGUUCAUUUUUAUCUCGCACUGUUUCAUGGCAAUUUGUUUCUGGUGUACGCCAAUGGCAGCAGCAAUCAACUUCCUUUUCAAACAAGGGAAGAGACACUCAAUGAUGGGGCGUAUCACACUGUAACAAUUGAUCUAAGUAAUUCAAG